CUUUCUUCUUCAUCUCAAUUGAGUGUUUUGCAAAUAUAAAUCUCAUUCCAUCUCUCAAUUUUACAGGUUUUUUAUUUUAUUUCUUUUCCUUAUAUGACUUCUUCAAUAUCUUAAUUAAGAGCCUAGCUAGAUGGAUAAACGACAUCGUUCGGCUACACAAGAGGGGGAAUCCUCCAAUUCAGAAGAAGUGGAUAGUAUAAAGAACGAGUUCGUGAUAAUAAAGAUGACUGAGCAAGAGGAAGAUCUCAUCAACAGGAUGUACAGGCUUGUUGGAGACAGGUGGGAUUUGAUAGCGGGUCGGAUCCCGGGUCGUGAAGCAGAAGAAAUAGAGAAGUUCUGGUUAAUGAGGCAUACUAAUACUACUCGUAAUUAUAAAGUCUUUUCAAAGAAAAGGAGAAAAUAAAUAAGCAUAUAUAUAUAUAUAUAUUACAAGAUAUAUAUAUAUAUAUAUAUAUAUGAGUAGUAAAUGAUAUCUGCUGAGAUUAUGAAGUCAACACUUUUGUGAAGUAAUAAUAAUAUAUGUGUGUUUUUUUUAUUUAAUCAUAACAUUAAUUCUAUAUAUAUGAUAAUGUAAUCAUUGUAAUAUUAUGUCAUCUCUAAUUUCUUUCCCAUGUUAUAUUAUUAUUACUUUUGUUUCCCAGAACAAGUACUCU